UGAGAAGUGGCCAGCAGUGUUUACGGUAAGGGCGGCAAGCUCCGGGGCUGUCAGGUGACAGCAGCCAGGGUGGCCUCCUCCCUCCGUCCGCCCCUCCGUCCCUCCCACCUGCAGAGAUAGACAAUGGCCCUUCGGGGCCGUGAGUGGUCGUGGCCCUGGGCCCGAGCUCACCGCACCCCAAGCCCAGCAGCCUGCGAGAGGAGGCAGCGUCCCGCGGGUCUCGGCCCGGCCCGUUCCCGCCCUUAGUCGGGGUCGGGAGUCUGAUCCGACUCGGAGACAGACAAGGGGGCUGGUCCCGCGUCCCCCGACCACAUGGGUCUGUGCUACAGCCUGCGGCCGCUGCUCUUCGGGGUCUCGGAAGACCGCCGCCCCGAGGACUCGGAGUCUCCCGCGGAGGGCGCGCAGCAUGGGCUGCAAGAAGCUCGGACCCCAGUCCCGGCGCGCACCGACACGGACGCAAAGGAAAGGCGGAGAGCCGAGGAGCGCGAGGCGAGGAAAGUGAGCCGGGGCAUCGACCGCCUGCUCCGCGAGCAAAAGCGCGACCUGCAGCAGACGCAUCGGCUCCUGCUGCUCGGGGCUGGUGAAUCUGGGAAAAGCACCAUCGUCAAGCAGAUGAGGAUCUUGCACGUCAAUGGAUUUAACCCUGAGGAAAAGAAACAGAAAAUUCUGGACAUUCGAAAAAAUGUGAAAGAUGCUAUUGUGACCAUUGUUUCAGCAAUGAGUACUAUCAUACCUCCAGUACCACUGGCCAACCCAGAAAACCAAUUUCGAUCAGACUAUAUCAAGAGUAUCGCUCCUAUCACUGACUUUGAAUAUUCCCAAGAAUUCUUUGAUCAUGUGAAGAAACUUUGGGAUGAUGAGGGCGUGAAGGCAUGCUUUGAGAGAUCAAACGAAUACCAGCUGAUCGACUGUGCACAAUACUUCCUGGAGAGAAUUGACAGCGUCAGUUUGGUGGAUUACACACCUACAGACCAGGACCUCCUCAGAUGCAGAGUGCUGACCUCAGGCAUUUUUGAGACCCGAUUCCAAGUGGACAAAGUAAACUUCCACAUGUUUGAUGUCGGUGGCCAGAGAGAUGAGAGAAGAAAAUGGAUCCAGUGCUUCAACGAUGUCACUGCUAUCAUCUACGUGGCUGCCUGCAGCAGCUACAACAUGGUGAUCCGGGAAGAUAACAACACCAACAGGCUGAGAGAGUCCCUGGACCUUUUCGAAAGCAUCUGGAAUAACAGGUGGUUACGAACCAUUUCUAUUAUCUUGUUCUUGAACAAACAAGAUAUGCUGGCAGAAAAAGUCUUAGCAGGGAAAUCAAAAAUUGAAGAUUAUUUCCCAGAGUAUGCAAAUUAUACUGUUCCUGAAGAUGCCACACCAGAUGCAGGAGAAGAUCCCAAAGUAACAAGAGCAAAGUUCUUCAUCCGGGAUCUGUUUUUGAGGAUCAGCACAGCCACAGGUGAUGGCAAACACUAUUGUUAUCCGCAUUUCACCUGUGCUGUGGACACAGAGAAUAUCCGUCGGGUGUUCAAUGAUUGUCGUGACAUCAUUCAGCGAAUGCAUCUCAAACAGUACGAACUUUUGUGAGACACCAAGGACUGCUUAUGUUUGGGUCGAGCCCUGGGAAAAAGUAGUGAGUCCCUUGUACCCAGCUGCCUCUCUCCUGUCCUGUGUGUGCCCUAGGGUGCCCUCCAAGCCACUGGCUACCUCUAUUACCCCUAACCCCUUCAAGUUUGGUUCUGUAGCAUUUGUUUUCAUUGAACUCAAUCUUAUACCUACUCCCACACCACACAAUAAUCACACACACACACACACACACACACACACACACUUUUUGCCCCACAUCACCUCCAACAAUUGAACUCACUCACUGCAAACAUCCCCCUCUCUUGGAAAACAUCUCUCAGGGUAGGGUCCCCCUGGAAUCAUGCAGCAACUAAAUCAUCAACUACUGACUCUUCAAGACUUUGCAGAUGGAAGAGACACUCGCUUUUAUUCCAGAUCUCUAUCAGGGUCGGAGCUGCCUCUCUUGACUUUCUAGCCUGGAAGAUGCUAUAAAGGGAUGGGGUGACAGUGGUCCUGCAGGUCCACAUUCACUUGCCACUUAGAGUAAACCCCACCAGAGUGGCCUUUGCUCAGACCUUUGAACUGCUACUUUGAGCCUUUUCUCUUUAGGUCAUUGACUCCACUACAGGCAAAACAUGUUGUCUCUCCAAUGCUUCUCUAGCCUUUCACUCUGCUUGUUCAAUAAUCACCUUUCAUAUACUGUCUUUUCCUAUUGGUUUGUUGCUGGCUUACAAAAUGUAACCUUCUUUUGUGUAACUACAAAUGAAAAAUACUUUUAGUUCUUUGUGCCUUGAUCAUGGCUAUACCUGUUUUUAAAAAAUGUGUUCUUAUUGUGAUGAACAGCUAAAGGUCAACGUUAUCUGCCACUUACUCUGAAAAGGGGAAUGAAAGGUAUCUACAGAGUUUAAGAUAUUUUUGUCAUGUUGAUACUUUUAAAAAUUCCUUUAUUUGAUUACAUAUGUAUAUAUUAUCUACAUUAUAUAUAAUAUGUAAGAUUUGUAUGCAUCACAUCAUACAAAGAAUGCCGUAUCAUAGUUUCUUUCAGUGCUCUCAGAAUUUUUUUCCCUCAUCCAGUGUAUUUGUUAGUCAGUCAUUUUGCUACCAAGAGACUUUUACAAGUUCCCUAAGUGGAGAGAAACCAAUCUUUCCCUUAGUUAAGGUUUUGACUGUAGUCAUAACCACAGAUUUUAUCAUAAAGAGGCAAGAACCAGGAUUUGCCACUGUAUCUGGCCCAGGAGAAUCAAAUCAUGGUAUUGUCAUUUGCUUGUGAAUAACUAUUACAAAACUU